CGAUAAACAGUAUAUAUAAGUUUCAAUCAACUAAUACCAAAAUAAAUACCUAUAUAUAUAGAAUAUAAAGUAUAUCACAAUGAAUCGCAGUUUUUCUUCAACUUUGUACGGCGCCUUUUUUCUGCUGCUCAUCGCGCCAGCCUGUCUUGGAGAUCUGAUGUGUUAUGUUUGCAAUAAUUGUGAGAAGGUGGACAAGAAUACACCUCUAUUGGCCUGCAAUGAGGACUUCUUCAAUCAACACGGCAGCACCGAAGCCUCCACCGUAACGACAUCCUCAAGUAUACCAACAGACAGCGAAACCUCUGAAUUGACACCGACUACCACCAGCAACCCGGAGACCAUCAUCACUACUCUAGAGCCUGAAUCCACCGAACCAGGCACCAUCGACACGACCGUCAGCACAGACCUGCCCAUCCCGACGCCUGCUACAGUGGGCCCGCCAGAGACAACCACCGGCGUGCCUACGCCCCCAGCUGAAACUGGAUUGGAUAGGCUGGAGAUAUCGAGUAAAUUUGCGGUCUCUACUGAGCCAGAAAACUCCACAGAUCUGUACAUUCGCCAGCGCAGAGCUGUGAUUGAUACAGGCAUUAGCUAUCACUGCUACAAGGUGGAGAAGACAUUAAACAAUGUGAGGCAACUGGAUCGCGGCUGCUCCCGUGUCAAGACGGACCAAUCGGUUUGCAAGGAGCUUGAGAAUCAGAACGUCGGCGCUGUAUUGUCGCGUUGUGAUCCGUGCACCAUGAAUGCCUGCAAUGCUGCCACAUCCACGGUGCAUGCCUCCAUCCUGGCGACAGUGGCUGUGGCAAUAACUGCAGUUGUGCUGCAGCUCAAAUAAAAAGUGAAUACUGUGAGAAAUGUUCUUCGCCGCCAUCAAAUCUUACACGCCCCCAACCGCCCCUCCAUUGUUGUCCAACUCUCACUCGAACCCGGUGUUAUUUAGUACAUAUUGCUCAUCUCUUUAAGGUACACAAAAAUACACACACACGCACACACACACAAACACUCUCGUUGUUAAGUCAUGCGAAAACUUUAUGUAAUUUGUAAGC